AGGAAAGCGAGAGAGAAUCGAAACAGAAAGCUACAGAAGGCUGGUUUAAAUACCGACGCGGAGCUAUGAAACCUUUGGUCUCUAGACCGAGCAGAGAAGGUAGAAGACAACACUCUGACAGCAUCUGAACUGUAUUAAAAACCUUUCAGACCGAAGCAAAAUGUCAACCAACACUGAAAUGGGGAGAAAGAUCUGUGACUUCUUGAAGCAAAACGGCAAAAGCACCGCUUUGAUAAUUGCUAAAGAUAUCGGAGCAGAUAAAAGCACCGUGAACAAACAUCUGUACAACCUGGAGAGAGCAAAUCAGGUGUUCAAGACUGACAAGCUGCCUCCUGUUUGGGACCUUAUGGAGAAGAAGAAUGAGAUCAAACAGACACUCAAACCACAGCAAAAGUCUCAGACGACAAGAGACACCAGUGAAGACAAACAUGUGGAGGAUCUGCUGAGAUCAGGAGGUUUAAAAGCCCAAAAGAUCGCCAGCAAGCUGGGACAGUCAACACCAACCAUCAAGAAACAGCUGUACAGUAUGGAGAAGAAUGAGAUCAAACAGACACUCAAACCACAGCAAAAGUCUCAGACGACAAGAGACACAAGUGAGGAGAAACAUGUGGAGGAUCUGCUGAGAUCAGGAGGUUUAAAAAAAGCUCAUCAGAUCGCCAGGGAGCUGGGACAGUCAAGACAAACCAUUAACAAACAGCUGUACAGUUUGGAGAAGGAGGGUAAAGUAAAGAAAUGUAGCAAAAGCAGCAUGUGGACUCUGAAUGAGGAGUGGAGCGAUGAUAGUUUCAGCCAAGAGAGUUCCAGUUCCUGCCCCAGUGAUCAUGGACUGGACUCAAUUUCAGGAUUACAGAAUUUUGAAUUGAUCGCAAAACUUGGUGAAGGAGGCUUUGGCUGCGUUUAUAAAGUAAAACAUAAAUAUGAUGAAAAGAUCUACGCUGUAAAGAGAGUCAUCUUAACCGGAACAGCUGAUUCUGAGGUGAAGACACUGGCCCGACUAGAUCACCCAAACAUAGUGCGGUACAUCACAUGCUGGCCAGAUUCAGACACGUCAAACCAAGGAAGAAACCAAGUGUCCAACACACCAGGUUCUUCAUCAGAUGUGGUGACCUUUGAUAGAGAUGGCUGUGAAGAGAGGGAAGAUGAAGAUGAAGUUGACAAAGAUGAUGAAGAUGAUGAUGAUGAUGAUGAAGAUGUCACAUCAGGAAUGGAAAGUCUGAGUGUGACCGAAUCAGCAUCCGCUGCUGCGGAGUCCUCAGGAAACAACAGAACUGACGGCUCAAAUCACAGCACGACAUAUUUAUUUAUUCAGAUGGAGUUCUGUGAGGGAGGAACACUGACUGAUUGGAUAAAGGCAAGAAAUCAUAUGGAAAAACAGAGAACCACAGUGGAAAUCCAUCAAAUAUUUUAUGAAAUCAUCACUGGAGUGGAAUACAUCCAUGCAAACAAGCUCAUCCACAGAGACUUGAAGCCUGAUAACAUACUGUUUGGUGCUGAUGACAAUGUGAAGAUCGGAGACUUUGGGCUGGUGGCGGCUCAGACCGAUCAAAAUGGUGACCUUACAGAGAGAUCAAACAGAGGAACACGAACUUAUAUGAGUCCUGAACAGAAAUAUAAGAAUAAUUAUGAUGAAAAAACAGACAUUUUUCCCCUUGGACUCGUAUGGUUUGAGAUGAUCUGGAAAAUAUCUACUGGUAGCGAAAGAGAGAAGCUGUGGACAGAUCUGAGAGAUCGAAGGUUACCAGAAGGGUUCAGUGACUGUUAUCAAACUGAGAAUACAUACAUCAUGAAGAUGUUGUCAUAUUCACCAGAGCACAGGCCUGAUGCAAAAUACAUAAAAGAAAAACUGGAGAAGUUUUUCUCUCUGGAUCAGAAUCUGUUAAGCCAGAAAACCGUCUGAGAUUUUUGUGUAUAGAAACUGUUUCCGUGGUUUGGUCGGGUUCUUUCAAAAUAAUGAAUUACCACGGAGUACUUUUGUCAAGCAACAGCUUUUUCAUUAUGAUGAUUUAAUUGAUUUAUUCAUGAUCUAAUGAACUAUUUAAUGUUCUUUGAUUAAGGUGAUAAUAUAAAAUCAUGAAAUGUUGAACAUUUGGGGAGUGAUUGUGAAAUAACGUUCAGAUUUAUACUAGAUUUCCUCUAGUAUAUUUUAAAUAUUUUAAAAGUUUCAAAAGUUCAGUCUCAUUCUGUUUUCAUCAUAAAAAUACAUGAUAUUGACGUUGUGAGGCUACUUUUAGAAAUCCCGACACGAAUGAAAUUUCACAACAUUUUUGUUAUGUUAGCUUCAUAAAAUGAACAUGGAUUUACAUCUUAAAUGUAAUUGCAACUAAAAGAUAAUCAAAGUUGCAGUUGUUUGGUUUCAGUGUAACCAAAAUGCAAUAUUAUGUUAUGUGAAAUCAUUUUGUGCCAGCGGGGAAGAUUGCUGCUCAAGUUGACAUUAAGCCAUCAGUUUUUCUUGACAAAUAUACUGUUUAUGCUGGGUGGAAUGAAAAGAAAAAACCAAAAUGUGUCAUUAAUAUCAACAUAAUGUGUUCUGACAUUGGAUAAAAUAAUAAACUCACAUUUUGUAGGAAUUUAUGUUACUUUUCUUUCAUAUUACUAUGACAAAACGACCACAGAGUUAUAUUUGAAUUGUAUUUCAAUGCUUUAAUUUGGGAGGAUGUUACUAUUUUGCCUUGUAAAAUGAAACCUUGCUAGUUUAUUAAUAAAAUGUAUA